AUGUGGUUCUCGUUGAGUCUGGUUCUCGUGGCCGUCGCCACGGGGCAGCAGCGGCGAGUCGCUAGUGUGGAGAUUCCGGCCGAGUGCAGCGGCUGCGACCCUGCCGGCCAGCCCGCCACGUGGACGUUGCACGCCUCGACGAACUGCUACGCCGGCUUUGGCGCGGAGGACCUCGAGACGCCGCGGGGGAAUCCGUGUUGUAAAUGUGCAUCAAUCGACGACUGCUUUGCGCAGUGCGCCGCGACGGCGGGCUGCGAGGCGGUCGUCGUCACGUCGACUUCGCCGCUGCUCUGCUACCGACGCGGGUAUGUGGAUCUUUCCUCCUGCGUAGCCGAUGUUGGCUACGACACAUACAUCAUGCCAAGUGUGCCGCCCAAGUCUGAUGGCGGUGGCGGCGGUGACGGGGUGCAGCUCAAGGCAAUGUCCUUCAACGCGAUCGGAUGCAAUGAUGUCGAUGCCACGAUGCCACUGUAUACAAAAGUGUGGAUGGUUGGGCGAGGUCUCAUCGGCACACUGCCCUCGCAGCUUACUACCCUCACCCGCCUGAGCGAGAUCGAUGCGAGUGGAAACCAGAUAUCAGGCACGCUGCCUUCGCAGCUCAUGAACCUCACCAGUCUGUCUCUGCUUGGUCUGGCCUUCAACGCGAUCUCCGGCACAUUGCCUUCACAGCCCGCAAACUCUGGGCUUAUUCAGCUUGGCUUGCACACAAAUCAGCUCUCGGGCACGCUGCCUUCGCAGCUCGCGGACCUGGUUCACCUCUCCCUGAGCGAAAACCGUGCGCUCUCCGGCACAUUGCCUUCGCAGAUCGCUCACCUCACUCGGCUGAGACUGCUCAUGCUGGAUGCGACUGCGCUCUCCGGUACGCUGCCUCCGCAGCUGCGGGACAUGACCAAAAUGAAUUACCUCAGCCUGUACGACGACGCGCUCUCCGGCACACUUCCUUCGUAUUGGCCAAUGAACGUCUCCGAGAUACAGCAACUCUACCUGAGCGACAACGCGAUCUCCGGCACUCUUCCGGUUCGCCAGCUAGUGCCACGACUGCAGGAAGAGAACGGGCUUCAAAUUCUCAUCCUUUCCAACAACCAAUUCGAGCUCCCCAGCUCCCUCGAUCUCCACGCCCUCGCACAUGCUUGCAGCGGCCGCCUUUGCAAGGGCGUGCCACCUCAUUCGUGUUCUGCAUUUGGCAACGCUCGGCUCAGCAUGAGCAACCCAUACAAAUGCGUCCGGUGUCGGCUGCAGCCCGAUACUCUUUUUGCCCUUCUGGCCUUCUCCGCGUCGAUCGCCUCGCUUCUCCUCGUGAUCUUUGUAGGAACAAUGCUGCAACAUCCAGAAAUGCUCGAGCGGAGUUUGUCUACUGUGGCCAUUGGCGUCCAAAAUGCACAAGCCAUUGCCCUCAUGGGCCGAUUGCAUCUGCGCCUGCCGCCUACGUUUGCCCAUGUCGCACAGAUGUUGUCCGAGAUUUUCACUCUGGGCGUCCAUGCCGGGUGCCUCAUGGAAGGACGCGAGCGGGAUGCGGCUAACAUCGCCGCGACGAGCAGUGGGGAGGACAGAAUCUUUUGGGCCUUCUCCUACAUCUUCUGCGGGGUCGCGCUUGCCCUGUUUCUGAGCUCGUUGCUCGCGGAGCUGGCGCUGCACUGCUGCCGAUGGCGCCGGUCAGCUGACGGCGCCGUGGCAGCGUUGAGUGUCACCUUUACCCUGCUUCUCAUUGUCUCACUCCAGGCGACUAGUGCAAUCUUCGUGGCUGCAGCUGCACCCCAAGAGGAGCCUGCCGGUUUCCCCUUCAGGGCAGUCCCAGCACAUAUCGAGCUUAUUCGGGCCUUUCAGAAAGCGCAGCACAUUCAGCGUGUGAGGAGGAAUGCGCUAGUCACCGGUGGUAUCACUUUGGCGAGUGCGCUGCUAGCAGUGCAGUUGGGCGUGCUGCUCCGCUUCGUGCUCGCUCUGCGAACCUAUCAGCUUCUCCACCUCCAGGGCUGGCCGCUUCAGCAACCGCCAAGGCAUGCGCUCCGGUGGCAGCUCGUACUGUGGGCGCGCCAGGCAGCACUCUUACUCAUCUGCAUUGCAUGCGGGAUCUUUUUGCAGAACGCAGCGGACAAGCAGGUGGUGACAUACACAAGCACCGCGCUCUCGCUGCUUGUCGUUCUUGCGUCACUCGUCUGCCAGUGCCGGUUCCAACCCUUUAUCUACGACCAGCAGAACAAGCUUGAGGAGAUGCUGCUCUGCUUGCACGGCCUGCUGCUCGCCCUGGGCUGGGCAAGCGACGGGAUCGCUCGCAGCGCUGCUCACGCCACACCACUUUCCUCUGCACUCGAAGCGCUCAUGUUGCUCCUCUUGUUCGGCGGCAUGCUCGGCAGUUUCGUGUGGCUUCUGGGCGACUUACGCGAUGCAAAGCUCGACUUGGGCCGGAGGCUUGACAAGAUUGGCGCCGCGAUCGACGAACCUGUGCACGAGCGGCUGCUCGCUGGCGAUGUACGGCUGCUGAGAUGUUCGUGGCUGAUGGACCACGAGGCUUCGAACGCGGCGUUCGACCGGGACGAGCGCGGCACGCCUAUCAUUCGGCGCCUGCAGGACCUGCCCGACGCGGCGUUUGCGAGCCCGGCCGAGGCAGAGGCGCUUUAUAGCGCCGGCGAGCGGAAGGUGCUCGUGCUAAGCCACGGGUGGCAGACGCCGGGCCACUGCGACCCCCACGGCACCACGCUCGAGCGCGUGCGCGCAUUCCUCGCGACCAAAGCGGCGGCGCACAGCGAGUGUUUACUCUUCUGGGACAUGGCGAGCCUUCCCCAGCGGCCGCGCACUGCCAAUCUCAAUGCGUCGUUCCGCCGCGCGUUGAAGGAGAUGGGCUCCUUCUAUGCAAGCAUUGCCAGCACGGCGGUGAUACAGGUCAAGCACAUGCCCGAUCCCGCCCAGCUUCCCAAGGCGGCUUGCGUCACCGUUUCGAACUUGCCCGAGAGCGCCACCGAAGCCGAUGUGCGCGCAGCGCUGUCUGGCUAUCCAGCGUGCAAUUUGAUCGAGCUGUCCUGGGAGGACGAGGAGGUGCUGCCGGGGGAAACGCCAGAACGUAAGAAUGGCAGAUAUAUCGCGCGCUUUGCGUCGCACGAGCAGGCGUGCGAGGUCGUGAAGGAGCUCAAGACGGCACGGCCGCCGGCACUCGCAGGCGCAGGCAUAUUUCCCUACUACAACAGCCGCCCGUACGAUGAAAGAGGUUGGUGCGUCUUCGAGCAAGGCGCGGCGAGCGUCGUGCUGGCGCACUUCGAGGAGGCGGAGCGCCAGGGCCGCACGCUACCGGCAAGGCUGGCUGCGGCGCAGGCGGCGCGGCGUAAGGUGAUCGAGGUGAGCGACGACGGCACGCCGAAGAAGCUCGAGCAUGGAGGGGUGGCGCCCGACCUGAGAGGGGUGGCGCCCGACCUCCUGCUGGACGAUGUGACGGACAAGCUGCGCGAUGAGGGCGGCGACGUGCGCUUCACGGGCACGGGCGAUCGCGCGAUGGUGUGCGAGCUGCUGACGAAGUUCGAGUGGACCAUCCACACUAGCUUGAGCAUGGGAGUGAACCUCACAGAGUCCGCGCGCAGAGUCUUGGCCCGCCCGGCGACAGGCUGGUGCUGGCCAAUCCUGAGAUAUGCCUCGCUCAAUAGAGUCGAGGCAGUGCGGGAGGUGCAACUUGGGGCUGAUACGAACGCUUAA